CCGCAUUCUCGAGCCGUCCCACUUGACUUUGCUGUGUAUAUGUUCGCUCAUGCCUCUCAACCUUACUCCCUAACACCAAUUGACGUUUCUCCAUGAAGUCUGUCGUCGGCCACGCGUUAGCUUGGCUACAAGCGCCUUUGGCCCCAUCUAGUCUUGAGAACGCUCCAACCCGAUGCUCAGCAGGCGUCCUGGCGAAGCCGGAUCUCUUUGGUGCUGAGAUAAUCAACAUCUCUGCUCACGAGGUCAUCGGACACUCGACCAUUCGGACGUCCGCACUGGAGGUUACAGCCAGCAAUGGUUCUAGCUUGGACUUCUGCAAUGUCACUGUCACCUACACUCAUCCAGGGCAACACGAUACCAUCCAAGUGACCGUCUGGCUCCCACUUGAGAACUGGAAUGGCAGAUACCUAGCCGUCGGCGGUGGAGGCUGGAUCACUGGUCUACCCUACCUGAGCCCAGCUCUUGAAUUGGGCUAUGCCGCAGCCAGCACCAACGGUGGACAUGGUAUCGAGCGAUCCGCAGCAUCCUGGGCUCUAACCAGUCCCGGAAACGUGAAUUGGAACCUACUACAGGACUUUGCAUAUAGAGCUCUCGACGACUUGGCUGUUGUCGGUAAAGCCAUCACAACAUCGUUCUAUGAAACUGCCCCUAAGUACUCUUAUUGGAAUGGAUGCUCGACUGGUGGUAGACAGGGUCUUAUGCUUGCUCAACGCUCUCCUAAGCGUUUUGACGGUAUUGUUGCUGCGGCACCUGCGAUUGACUGGCCUACUUUUGUGAUUUCGGCUUUCUGGGCCCAGCAGAGGAUGAAUAGACUUAACGCUUACCCGUCUACGUGUGAGCUCAAUGGCUUUAGAGCUGCUGCCGUCGAGGCAUGUGAUGAGCUGGAUGGACUUCAAGAUGGUAUCAUCGGGGCACCCGGCCUCUGUGACUUCGAUCCCCAUACUGCCGUGGGCAGAACAAUCGAGUGUGAUGGUGUCAAGCAGAAUCUCACAUCUGAAGGUGCAACCAUCGCCCAAGCAGCUUGGACAGGGCCUAUCAAUGCCGAUGGCAAAGCCUCCUGGUUUGGUGUCAACUACGAUGCAAUUCUCAGAUCAGCAGCCGAUGCCAUCGUCACGCGAAGCGACAGCAUGCAAGGCAGAAACCCGACCAUUCCAGAAGAAUGGAUCAGUCUUUUUGUCAAGAAAGACCCAUCCUACGAUCCAGCAAACAUGACAGGCGCAGAAUUCUUUUCUGUACUCAAGGCCUCUCAGCGCGAGUAUGAUUCGAUCAUCGGUACCAAUUGGCCUGAUCUCUCCGAAUUCCGCGAUGCGGGUGGAAGGAUGAUCAGUUGGCAUGGCCUUGCUGAUGAUCGUAUCCCGCCUAAUGGCACUUCUCACUACUAUGACAGAGUGCUGGCGGAAACUUCGAAUGUCUCGGACUUCUAUAGAUACUUUGAAGCCCCUGGUGUUGGACACUGUGCUGGAGGUGCCGGAGCGGUGCCCAAUGCUCUUGCGGAUCUGGUGAAAUGGGUUGAGGAAGGUAUUGCACCUGACACUCUUAAGGCUACAGGUCAAAAUGGAGAUAGUACUGUCAGAGAGCUGUGUCAGUACCCUCUGGUGCAGCGCUAUCUUGGAGGUGAUCCCAAGGUUGCAUCUUCAUUUAAGUGUGCGGCUAGCUUUGCUUGAUGCUGUGUUUAUCGAAACCUGAAUGCUAUGCAGCUACAUGCCUCCAAUAGACAGUGUUUUCACAAUCGAGU